AGCGGGGGGGCGUGGCCGGGCGUUCCGGGGGCGUGGCCGUUCGGGCUCCGCCUCCCGCGACGCGGUGGGGGCGUGUCCUGCGCGCGGGCCCGGCCGAUGCGAGCGUUCGGGGCGGCGGAGCACGAUCGUCGGCAUCAUGGGGGCCCAGCUGAGCACGCUGGGCCACGUGGUCCUCUCCCCGGUCUGGUUCCUCUACAGCCUGUUCAUGAAGCUCUUCCAGCGCGCGGCCCCGGCCAUCACCCUCGAGAGCCCCGACGUCAAGUACCCGCUGCGGCUCAUCGACCGCGAGGUCAUCAACCAUGACACCCGGCGCUUCCGCUUCGCCCUGCCCACGCCCGAGCACAUCCUGGGCCUCCCCAUCGGCCAGCACAUCUACCUCUCGGCUCGUGUGGACGGGAACCUGGUCAUCCGGCCUUACACGCCCGUGUCCAGCGACGACGACAAGGGCUACGUGGACCUGGUCGUCAAGGUGUACUUUAAGGACACCCACCCCAAGUUUCCCGCUGGAGGGAAGAUGUCCCAGUACCUGGAGGCCAUGAAGAUCGGGGACACCAUCGAGUUCCGGGGCCCCAACGGGCUGCUGGUCUACCAGGGCAGAGGCAAGUUCGCCAUCCGUCCGGACAAGAAGUCCAGCCCGGUGGUGCGGACGGUGAAGUCUGUGGGCAUGAUCGCAGGAGGCACAGGCAUCACGCCCAUGCUGCAGGUGAUCCGCGCCGUCAUGAAGGACCCCGACGACCACACCGUGUGCCACCUGCUCUUCGCCAACCAGACAGAGAAGGACAUCCUGCUGCGGCCCGAGCUGGAGGAGCUGAGGAAUGAGCACCCCACGCGCUUCAAGCUCUGGUACACAGUUGACAGAGCCCCCGAAGCCUGGGACUACAGCCAGGGCUUCGUGAACGAGGAGAUGAUCCGGGCGCACCUGCCGGCCCCAGAGGAGCAGCCGCUGGUGCUGAUGUGCGGGCCCCCGCCCAUGAUCCAGUACGCCUGCCUGCCCAGCCUGGAGCGCGUGGGCCACCCCACAGAGCGCUGCUUCGCCUUCUGAGAACCCCCGGGGCGCCCACGCCGCAGGGCGAUGCUGCCCGUGCCCCACGCCCUCGCAGAGCGGCCCACGGUCCGGAAUCAGCCCCGAGGGGGACCCCGAGCUCCUCAAGGCCCCCCUUGACAGGCCGUGAGGGGUUCCCGUGGGUGAGGGGGUGCGGGGCGGGGGGCGGCUGUUCUAAACUCACCCCUUUCCCCGGCACAUCCCAACACGGGGACUUGGGGGGGCCAGUUUGUGAGCUCCGGGGGCCGAGCCGAGACGGUGCCUACUCCCUCCGCCACUCGCCCCCCUGCCACCCGCCCGGGCACCGAGCAGAGCCUCGGGCAGACGGCCCGGAGCCUUCUCGGUGGCCCCGACGUUGCCUUCCGACAGCAGCCUGUUCUUAGCCUCGCGCGUGCCGGCUUUUUCAGAGUCAUUUAUGAGCAGAAUAAACCACGAAGUAAAACCGUA